AUGACCUGCUACUGCAUUGCCAGUUCCUCAUGGCUGACCACCCCCAAAUUCAUCACAAACGUCGCUGCUCGCAGCUUUCGGCCUUUAUUCAACACCUGCUCUAAGGGAUUACAUCGUAAAAGCACCUCUUCGACGAUCGCUUCUUACAGCCAGUGGUGGUACAACCUCGAACGUCGCGGAAUCAGUCCAGCACCGAAAAUUGACCGUCAUUGGGUGGAAGCAGAUGCUCUUCGCGGUUGCCAACAUCAAGCGGAAACGCUUACGGUUGUAUCGUAUAACAUAUUGGGAGAUAGAAAUGUUUCCAAUCACGAAGAUCCAAGUAGAAAUGUUCCCCGAAAUUACUUAGAUUGGAACCACCAUAGAAGAGUUAUUUGUGAAAAACUCCUUGGAUUGAAUCCUGAUAUAAUUUGCCUACAAGAAGUGGACAAGUACUAUGAUCUACUAAACAUUUUGGAGAAAGCUGGAUAUCUCGGUGCCUAUAAGGUCUAUAAUCACCCUGGAGCAUUUGAUUUAGCCGAUAUCAGAAAGCAUGUCUCUAUUUAUUCUGAACUGGAUAUUUCUCUUGAUUUUCAGGGUUAUUUGUCUAGACAAUCACAGUACAGACACAUGCAUGAACCCCAGUCAAGGAGGCUCGUAGUUGGGAACAUUCAUGUGUUAUAUUUUCCUGGCCGAGGAGAUGUUAAGCUUGGUCAAAUUCACUUUCUUUCGUCAAAGGCUCACAUACUUUCAGAAAAGUGGGACCAUGUACUUAUUGUGCUUGCCGGUGAUUAUAAUAGCACUCCAAGUCCAAUCUACAAAUUCUUGUCAUCAUCUGAGCAGCUCAAUCUAAUGCUACAUAACCGAAAAGAGUUGUCUGGUCAGAGACGAUGCCAUCCCUCUCAAGUUCUUGGUCUUAGAAGAGAAAGGGGGAGUUUGUUUGGUCUAAUGGACAGAUUUUGUAAUUCUCAAUGGAGCGAAGAGUAG